AUGUCGCCGCAACCUCCAAAAAGGCACGCAGCCCAGAGCGAUGUAAUCUCCAAGCUGACCGCGCUGUACCCCUACAAGAGCCCCAACAAGAAGCAGGACGUCGUGAGGCUGGUGGCUGAGUACCCCGAGCUGCUGGUCAGGAUGGCGCACUAUGCUGACGACAGAUGCAUCAAAACGGUGCAGGACUUGCCCGUCGACCUGCAGAACCGCAUCCUCAAGAGCUACUGCUGA